AUGAUCGAGAGUCGGAAAAGAAAAGUCUGGGCACUUCAGAUCCUAAACCCAAAAUUGUCCGUUGAAACCGUUGAAGUUGUCCAACUUGCAGUUGGGGAAAUCCAUUCUGCAGCUUUAACGCACGACAAUCAAAUCCUCACAUGGGGCGUUAAUGACGAAGGGACGCUGGGCAGAGACACAACCGUUGAAAGUAAAAAGACCCCCAUAGAUGCUACCAGCGAUAACGGAGAGGAAGACGAUGAAGAUGACGAUGAAGUGGAACUUAAUCUUAAAGAAGCUACUCCACUACCUGUGGAUUCUUCGCAUUUUCCAGAUGGCACCGUUUUCACUCAGUUAACCGCAACCGACAGUGCAACAUUUGCCCUUACGAGCAAGGGUUUGGUAUACGGUUGGGGUACAUUCAGAGACAACAACGGUACAACUCGCUUCUCGCCCAAGUCCACAAUCCAACGAGCACCUGCCUUGAUUCCUGACGUGAAGGACGUCAUAAAACUUGUCCCAGGAGCGCAACACGUCUGGGCCCUAAUUUCAAAUGGCACUUUUUUUUCUUGGGGCAACAACGAACAGAAUCAACUCGGAAGGUGCAUGAUCAGCCGCAUUCAUGAAUUCCCAUGGCUUGGAUCCAACAACUUCGGACAGACCGGAAUCUUCCAGAGCGCGGGUCAGAGUGAUGCCGUAAUACCGUAUCCUACUCCAGUCCCAAGUCUAGGGAAAGGAUUAGGGAUUGUCAGCGUUAUUGGUGGAAAAGAUCACAGCUUGGCCUUGAAUGAGCAGGGCCAAUGGCUUGCCUGGGGUCGCAUCGAUAAUAAAGCCCUUGGUAUUAUUGCUAAGGACAUCCCAACCUCUGAUGUAAUAUUCGACACAUAUAAGAAGCCUCGAAUUCUCAAAGUACCUACACCUAUAAGUGGUGUUGUCGGAAAGGUUGUCUUUGCCGCCGCGGGGACAGAUCAUUCUUUCGCCAUUACUCAGGAUGGCAGAGCAUACAGUUGGGGCUUUAACGCUCAACAUCAGGUCGGUCACGGGAAUGAGGAAAAAGAUGAAGUCGAGCAGCCCACACAACUUAAAAACAAACAUGUGUCUGGCAAAAUGCUUGUAUCGGCCGCAGCUGGUGAUCAGUUCAGCAUUGUGGUGGGCCUACACGGACCCCAAACGAACGGUGUACAUUGA